UCUUGUUGAUAAGAAAAUGUAUCCUGUGUAAAGUGUUUGCUUCACUUUGACAGACGACAGUAGCAAAACAAUUACUCUAAAGAAAGAGUUAGAGGAAGAAGGAAAGAGCUAGAGACAUGUUUCGCAAAAUCUUAGCUGACAAGCCUCAUGUAAUCUGUAUUCCCUGUCCAGCUCAAAGCCAUGUAAAGGCAAUGCUUAAACUAGCAAAACUACUGCAUUACCGAGGUUUUCGCAUAACCUUUGUGAACACAGAGUUCAACCACAGACGGUUGCUUAAAUCUAGAGGUCCUGAUUCCCUGAAUGGCUUACCCGACUUUCGGUUCGAAUCUAUCCCAGAUGGCCUCCCUCCUUCAGAUGAGAAAGCUACCCAAGAUGUACAAGCAAUUUUUGAGGCUUGCAAGAAGAACUUGCUAGCUCCAUUUAAUGAACUGCUUGCCAAGCUCAAUGAUACAGCAUCUUCUGAUGUUCCUCAAGUGACUUGCAUUGUAUCUGAUGGAUUUGUGCCAGCUGCCAUCACUGCUGCUCAGAGGCAUGGAAUUCCUGUUGCCUUGUUCGUUUCUAUCUCUGCUUGCACUUUCAUGGGGCUUAAGCAAUAUAAAGAGCUCAAAGAAAGAGGACUGUUUCCAUUAAAAGACGAGAGCUUUUUAACAAAUGGCUAUUUGGAUCAAGUACUAGACUGGAUUCCAGGAAUGAAAGAUAUACGAUUGAGGGAUCUUCCAAGUUUUCUUCGCACAACAGAUCCAGAUGAUUAUGGUUUCAACUUCUGCAUGGAAUGUGCUGAGAGAGCAUCUGAAGGUUCUGCAGUGAUUUUCCAUACUUUUGAUGCUUUGGAGAAAGAAGUCUUGAGUGCUCUUUACUCAAUGUUUCCUCGUGUCUACACGAUCGGUCCACUUCAAUUACUUCUCAAUCAAAUGAAAGAAGAUGAUCUAGAUUCUAUUGGAUAUAAUCUAUGGAAAGAAGAGGUUGAGUGUCUCCAAUGGCUUGAUUCCAAGAAACCAAACUCAGUAAUUUAUGUGAACUUUGGUAGCAUAGCCGUCGCUACAAAGCAGCAGCUGAUUGAAUUGGGAAUGGGACUUGCAAAAAGUGGUCACCCAUUUUUAUGGAUAUUAAGGCCUGACAUGGUCAUAGGCGACUCCGCCAUAUUGCCACCAGAAUUUACUGACGAGACUAAAGACAGAGGAUUUAUUUCUAGCUGGUGUCCACAAGAGGAAGUUCUCAACCACCCAUCAAUAGGAGGUUUCCUAACACAUAGUGGAUGGAAUUCAACAGCUGAGAGCAUUUCUUCUGGGGUGCCCAUGCUUUGUUUGCCGUUCUUUGGUGAUCAACAAACAAACUGUAGGUACACUUGCAAUGAGUGGGGCAUUGGAAUGGAGAUUGAUAGCAAUGCGGAAAGAGAUAAAGUGGAGAAGCUUGUGCGAGAGUUGAUGGAAGGAGAGAAAGGCAGGGAGGUAAAGAAAAAAGUCAUGGAGUGGAGAAAAUUAGCAGAGGAAGCCGCUGGUCCAAGUGGCUCGUCAUCCAUGAAUUUAGACGAGUUGGUGAAGGCAGUGCUUUUGCCAUGAAAAAAAUAUAAAUUCCAAGGCCUAGAGCAUUCCCUGUAGAAAUUCAUAAUAGAAGAGAAACUAACACACAAUGCAAUUGAAUUGAAGUACUGUUGAGAUCUUCAUCCUUGCUCGUUUCUCCCCUCGCAUGGGUUGUGAGACUUUUCUCACAUAUCUUGCAGGAAGCUAAUCACGUGGCUGAUAGAAAAAUAAGAGGAUGUCUUUUCUCACAUUCUAUAGCGAAUCACUUUGAUUUAUACUAAGUUAGAUUUAUACUUAGCCGGCUUAGCAGUCUACAUAUUGGCAGGUUUGAAGUUAGAAUGAUGAACAUGGUUGGACUUGCCGUUGUGCAGCCCCCCAAACAGAUGAAAACUCUUGACACAAAUAAUGUAUUAUUUUAAAUUUCUCCUCUUUGGAAUGGAAUUGAAAGUCAAAUUAUGUUUUUAUUUAUUGUUAA